UCUUCUCUAGAAAGGCCUCCAUUUUUCUGCAUCGCUUUGUUUGGAAUUGGUUCCUUUCUUGUAGACCAUUGGCAUCAAAGAAACCAGAAAGUACUCGAAGUUGAGCAUAAACCAGAGCUGAGUCCUGUCAAAAUAGAAAAAGAUGCAAUCAAGAUUAGCAGCUACUGCAACAAGAUCUUUCUGGGUUUUCUCGGCGGCAAACAAUCAAGCUUUUCAAAGAAAAUUUCUUGCUGCUGCUGCUGCCUCGAGGGGUCGAACUGCUGACCCUGAUGUUCACACAGGAGAACCUCAAGGCACAGGUAAGGGGACAGAGGCUGAGCCGGCCAGGCACAAACUAGCAUCUGAACAAAGACCCCGUGGUGACGUUAUAGAAACUGAGCCACUGGUGACACCUAAACCACCACAUAUCUCUGCUCCUAGGCUUGAAAGUGCUGGGCUACACCAAUCCUUUAACCCUCAAUUUCAACAAAAGCGCCGAAACAGUACUAAUCUAGACGUGAUUUGCGUUGGUAUAGAUGGCACGCCGUUGGAAAAAGACAAUGAAAAUGAACAGAGAAAUGUAAGGGAGAAAACAGUUGAUGACAAAGAAUAUUUUAGUGAUCACAAGGCAUCACCGUUAUCGGAAAUUAAGAUAGCGGAUACAAGAAAACCGAUAACUCAAGCCACUGAUGGAACCGCGGAUGGAAGAGAAGAUUACGGGGCUGCAAAAGAUGUGAUUGGGUGGAGGCCAGAGCAGCUUGACACUGCUGAGGAAGCCCUCAGGAGAGCUACUGAAAUAUGGAAACAAAAUGCCAUGCGUGGUGAUCCCGACACGUUUCCACACUCAAGAAUUUUGAGAGAGCUUCGCGGUGAAUGGUUUUGAUCGGGUCAAAUUUGAGUGUUCAUAUUAUGAUGUGAUAACUAAUUUUCAGACAGGUUUUGUUAUGAUGUAUUUGCUGGUCAUGAAUAAACAUAUAAAAUUUGCUAAGUAGAAGCCAGGUUAUUUGGUUUGA